CAGGUUGCCAACGAGGCAGGCUCUGAUACUCAUGCGCAAACACGUCCACCACGCACCUAGGUACGGCGCAUGCGUCCUCCCAAAGCCUUCUCCUCGGCGUCUCCCAUCGAGUUUCCAGUUCCGGCCUCACAGGGGCGGAGAGAAGUCAGGAAAUAUGCGGCUGUCCGUCGCCGCCGCCAUCUCCCAUGGCCGUGUAUUCCGCCGUCUGGGCCUUGGUCCGGAGUCCCGCAUCCACCUGUUGCGGAACUUGCUUACCGGCCUGGUGCGACACGAACGCAUCGAGGCGUCAUGGGCGCGCGUGGACGAAAUGAGGGGCUACGCCGAGAAGCUCAUCGACUAUGGAAAGCUGGGAGACACCAACGAACAAGCCAUGCGCAUGGCUGACUUCUGGCUUACGGAGAAAGACUUGAUCCCAAAGUUGUUUCAAGUACUGGCCCCUCGGUACCAAGGUCAGAAUGGGGGCUACACGAGAAUGCUGCAGAUCCCAAAUCGGAGUAAGCAGGAUCGGGCCAAGAUGGCAGUGAUCGAGUAUAAAGGGAACUGCCUCCCACCCCUGCCCCUGCCUCGCAGAGACAGCAACCUUACACUUCUAAACCAGCUGCUUCAAGGGUUGCGGCAGGACCAGAAAGCAAGCAUCCACGGCUCCCACACAGCUCAAACACCAGGGAUUUGACUGGAGCCAGAGGGUGUGUGGCCCGCUCAUCAAUGCCCAUGAUCACAGGUCUUUGGAGCUCUUUUAAUCUCUAAGAAGAACUGGAGCUAGAGUUGUUAAUGGACAGUUUUAAUGGAGACAAGAAGCUUCUGGGGAGCCAGAUAAUCAUCUCUUUGCAGUAGAUAAAUUCUUUGUAUGAAUAUAUGUAUGUAUAUGGGUGUUUUUUUUUUCUACCCUUGGGAUUUCUGGAGAAUGAGAACUAUCCAAAUGCUCAGUCUCCGUGGGUUAGUAAAUUCACUGCUUAUGUUUCUGGCUCUUAUUCUGAGUUGUGUUUGGUUAGCAGUUUUGUUUUUCUUAAUGCCAGUUUUUAUGGGGCUUACAUCCUAUAAUUCCAAACUGGCCUCCCAAGGUGAUUGAUUUUUGACAUCUAGCAUAGAGACUGAGCCCCUGGGAUUUCUUAGAGAAAGAUUACUUCCUGACAGGCUAGGAGAGUGAACAUCUAGAAUUGAAUCUUCCAUAAUAAUCUGGUGCCUUAGGAAACUUCAAGGAACACUACAACUAUUCCUCUGUUUCUAGGCAGGAUCACAUAUUAUCCUCAUGUGCUCCCCUCAGCCCCAAAUAGGCCUCAGA